GAAGACGUUUGCCGCUAUUGUUAAUCAACGUUAAAAUAAUUACUAUCAAUUAAUGCUAACAUUGCUGAUUUAUCCUGAAGCCUUAAUCUAUCAUAUUUACAUGCUAGAAAAAGAGAUAACUGUAUGGUAGAUUUCAUCAGUAUGAAUCAAGUUAUGAAGUACAAUGAACAGGAAGUUAUAUCUGUUGCGUUGUGGGCUACUUACGACAAAAUUUUCAACGAUAUCUUGCUUCGCAGCAUAGUUGACACUUACACAGUUUGUGUGAUACUUGGAACAUUUUCCCACAAUUUAACACGUAUUAGAGCCUUUUCUAAUGUACCGUAUAUGCUAAUUCAGCUGAGUGGCAUCGACCGUUUGAAUGCAACCACCAGCUCGAGAUUGUUGUCGGGCAUCGAAUCCGGUUGUUCUAGUUUUUUGGUGCAUCAUCAUGCGGUUUUGGAUUUCUUGGAUAUUUUCAUGGAAGCUCAUGACAGGGCUGCUUACAGGAAUCCUAACAAAUAUGUCCUAUUGUUGAUGGAAGAUCCUGUUCCGGAUAACUUGCUUGAGUCCAUACGAGGACAUGUCAGCAUGCGAGAAAUAAUAAAUUUGAUCCUAUUUGAGCCUACUCAUGACCGAUCUUCAGUAGAACUGUUGACACAUCGUUUUGUAAAUGCGGAACAAGACUUCGAAUGGUACCGGGUCGAUCGAUAUGACAUUCAAAACCAUUCGUUCGAAUCUGAAAAUCAGCUGUUUCCUGACAAGACGGACGAUUUGCGUGGGAAGCCCAUUCGCGUGGCGACCUUCAACGUAAAUCCACAUAUAUUCUUGAUAGAAGCUGAAAAUGCAAGUCCGAUUAUUAGAUCAGGUAAUCAGACUUAUUCAUUAAAUGGGCCGAACGGAUUUUUGUUGGUGGAAUUUUGCAAAAGACGCAACUGUUCGAUCGAGUUGGUUGUAGGUAGGUGUCAGACUAAAUUUUCAAUCGUUAUUAAUGCGAUUAGAAUUCGGUUAUUACUAAUACAGAUUCGGUAAAUAUGUGGGGUGAAAUUUAUCCAAAUAGAACCGGAAACGGAAUAGUAGGAAGUGUGGCGGAACGACGUGCUGAUGUCGGCAUCGGAGCAAUCAGUAGCUGGUAUCAUUGUUACGAGUAUUUGUCAUUCUCCUUUGCUUUUGAGCGAGGAGGCGUUACUUGUCUUGUUCCAAAACCAAGUGAACUUCCGCGUUGGAAACAAAUAGCCAUGACAUUCACCACUUCUUCAUAUGGAGCCAUGUUCGUGACCUUCUGCUUCGUAGUGGCUAUGUACAUGUUGAUAGCAAGAUUUUCUGUGAAAAGCUCGUUUGAAAGGACUAUCGCGUGGAAUGCCCUAAAUGUAUUGGCCAUACAACUUCUGCAGAAUAGUAGCAUCGUUCGAAAUCGCUCUGUAUCGGAAGUGUUGAUAUCCGUGGCAAUUUUAUCGUUAAGUUUGAAUUUGGCUUCAAUUUAUUCUGGAAAGUAUGCAAGUCUGCGAACAAUCCCUAUGCAUAAGCCAGCAAUUGACUCCAAGGAAGACUUGGCUAAGAGUGGAAUGCAUUGGCUGCAAGUACACGAAGCUUGGUCUUAUGAUUUUCGUCUAUCUGAGAACGUAAGCUAUGAUCGAAACACUCAUACCCAAUGCGUGUUACACAUCCUUAUUUUUUCAGCCAACGGAGGUAAAUCUUCGUUCCACUUUUCAAGUAUACCCGGUUCAAAAACUUCACCAAAUGGCCAACGAAGGAAACUCAGCGUUUGCCUUGGCACGACUUCACAACGGUCACCUGAUGCUGGGCGAUUGGAUCAACGCGGAUAACAUUCACAAGUACCGUAAAACGGGGUAACUUUGAUAAUGCGGGUAACUUUGAUAGUGCGAGACCCACAACAUAUUAAAUGA